AGGAAGUUAACAGAAGUAUCUGAAGAUGAUUGGGUGAACAUCCCUGAAGUGGGUGAUUACCGCAGUAAAAAACAAAGAAAUCCCAAGGGAGAGAAGUUUACACCAGUACCUGAUAGUGUAUUACAGGGAGCUGUGUUGUCAGGGAAUACAGUCAGUGCUUUAGCUAGUCGACAACAGAAAUAUGCUGGUUUCCAAACGCCAUUCCCAGGAGCCAUGACGCCAGGGUUCUCAACACCGUCAGCAGACCUUGACCUGAACAUGAUAGGAGAAGCAAGGAAGUCUCUUGUUGGCGUCAAACUGGACCAAGCGUCUGAUUCAGUUUCCGGGCAGACUGUGGUGGACCCCAAGGGAUAUCUGACUGACUUGCAGAGUCUUACACCUCUUAGUGGUGGAGAUAUUGGGGACAUCAAGAAAGCAAGAUUGUUGUUAAAGUCUGUUAUCACUACCAAUCCACAACACGCGCCAGGAUGGAUAGCAGCUGCCCGUCUAGAGGAAGUCACAGGUCGUAUGCAAGCAGCAAGGAAUAUCAUCAUUAAGGGGACAGAUGUAUGCCCUAAGAAUGAAGACAUCUGGUUAGAGGCCGUCAGAUUACAGCCACCUGAGUCUUCCAAGCAGGUUGCAGCACAAGCUGUCCGUCACCUGCCACAAUCCGUCCGCCUCUGGAUCAAAGCUGCUGAGCUGGAAACAGAAACUAUUGCACAGAAGAGAGUCUACAGGAAAGCCCUAGAGAACAUUCCCAACUCAGUUCGAAUAUGGAAAGCGGCAGUGGAGCUGGAGGAACCAGAAGAUGCAAGAAUCAUGUUGAGCAGAGCUGUUGAGUGCUGCCCUACAAGUGUAGAGCUUUGGUUGGCUCUUGCCAGACUAGAAACCUAUGAGAGUGCAAGGAAGGUGUUGAACAAGGCCCGUGAAAGUAUUCCAACUGAUAGACUGAUCUGGAUAACAGCAGCUAAACUAGAAGAAGCUAACGACAAUAAACCUAUGGUGGAGAAAAUUAUAGAGAGAGCCAUUGCUUCUCUCAAGAGUAAUGGAGUAGAAAUCAACAGAGACCAGUGGAUACUAGAUGCUGAGUUGUGUGAGAAAGCUAGUAGUGUACACACUUGUCAGGCUAUAAUCCGUAGCGUCAUUGGUGUCGGUGUUGAAGAAGAGGAUCGCAAACACACGUGGAUGGAAGAUGCUGAUAGCUGCGUUGCCCAUAAUGCAUACGAGUGUGCGAGAGCAAUCUACGCGCAUGCGCUGACGGUCUUCCCAAGCAAGAAGAGCGUAUGGCUGAGAGCAGCAUACUUUGAAAAGAAUUACGGCACAAGAGUGACAUACCUGCUGCAAGAUCUAUUCUCGCUCUAGCCUUCCAGGCCAAUCCCAACAGUGAAGAGAUUUGGUUAGCUGCCGUUAAACUGGAGAGUGAAAAUAAUGAAGAUCAGAGAGCAAGGAAGCUGCUUCAAAGAGCACGAAUGAAUGCAUGUACCGCUAGGGUGAUGAUGAAGUCCAUCAGACUAGAAUGGGUUCUUGGUAAUAUUCCUGAGGCGAGCAAACUACUCGAAGAAGCGGUUCAGAAAUAUCCUGACUUUCCAAAGUUGUGGAUGAUGAAAGGUCAAAUCCAGCAACAAAAAGGAAACCAGGAGGAGGCUAGAGAAGCUUACAAACUAGGGGUCAAGAAAUGUCCACAUUCUAUUCCUCUUUGGCUGUUAUGGGCAAGAUUAGAAGAAAAGAUGGGACAUACAACGAAAGCGAGGUCUGUGUUGGAGCAGGGAAGACAGAAGAAUCCAAAGUGUCCAGAGUUGUGGCUUGAAGCAGUACGUGUUGAGGUUCGAGGAGGCAACAAAGACUUCUCCAAGACUUUAAUGGCUAAAGCGUUACAAGAAUGUCCUACAUCCGGGAUAAUCUGGUCAGAGGCUAUCUUUAUGGAUCCAAGGCCCCAGCGUAAGACACGUAGCGUCGAUGCUCUGAAACGAUGUGAACACGACCCUCAUGUGCUUCUAGCAGUUGCUAAAUUGUUCUGGAGCGAGAGAAAGGUUUCAAAAGCAAGAGACUGGUUCAACAGGGCUGUGAAACUCGACCCCGACUUUGGCGAUGCCUGGGCGUACUUUUAUAGGUUCGAACAACAACAUGGAACAGAGGCUCAACUCGAGGCUGUCAUCCACAAGUGCUCCCAGGCCGAGCCUCGACAUGGUGAACUCUGGUGCGCAGAAUCCAAAGCUAUCCCAAAUUGGAGAUUAAAAACUAAAGAUAUCUUACCACUGGUAGUCAAGUCCUUAAAGCCUAUAGACAGAGAAUAACCAGGUAGAUAAUUUAUUACUAGGAUCCCUGUGGUACUUGAAAAAGAGAAUGGAUUGAAUGCUAGUGUCAGUAUGUAAAUUUCCAAUUUAAGAUUCCUGUGCAAAGCCAUAAAAUACUGGUUGGGCUUCCUGUCUUCAGGUCAUUGAAUAUUCUUACUCUAUGCAAUUUUACAUUCAGUACCUUAAAAAAGCUUUUUAUAAGCGAAUCAUUAAAACCUUGGCUAAAGGAUCAUUAUGCUUUGUACUUUAAAUUUUCGGUUCGUUAAACAUACAUGAUAACGAAAAUUUUUAAAACACUUUUCCGAAAAAAAUUUGUCUUUCACAUGUAAAAUAUUUGACGAGGGAAAUUUGAAUUUGACAAACAAUGCACUGCGCGCCUGGGAACUGCUCUUGUCAUGCGCAGAAGACUUGACAGACCAAAAGAAACGCAGGCUCUGGCAACGAAACCCUUAUAUAUUAGUAGAUUCCAUGUUACUUCCGUAUGAUAAUAAAUAUGUAUUAUUGGUGAGCGACGAC